AUGGGCGCCCUCUACUAUGUCCUCCACCCGAACCAGCUUCGCUCCAUCAUUCAAUGGAAGGUCUGGCACGAGCCUGUCCACCGCCGCGACCCCUCCAAGGAAGACCCGACACUGAGAUCAUGCUUCGAAUUCCUGAACAAGACCAGCCGUUCCUUCUCCGCCGUCAUUCAGGAGCUCAACCCCGAGCUGCUCGUCCCCGUUGCUCUAUUCUACCUCGUCCUGCGCGGACUCGACACCAUCGAAGAUGAUAUGACGAUCGACAUCAAGGAGAAGGAGCCUUUGCUGCGAAAGUUUGACACCCUGAUGGAGACGGACGGAUGGACAUUCACCGGCAAUGGCCCCAAUGAGAAGGAUCGCGAACUUCUGGUGCACUUUGACGACAUCAUUGUCGAGCUGAAGAAGCUCAAGAAGCCCUACUACGAGAUCAUUAAGGAUAUCACAAUCAAGAUGGGCAACGGCAUGGCCGACUACGCCCUCGACACCGAGCUCAACGCGAACGGUACCAACACCAUCAAGGAAUAUGAGCUGUACUGCCACUACGUGGCCGGUCUGGUCGGCGACGGUCUGACCCGCCUCUUCGUUGAGGGCGACCUGGCCAACCCGAAGCUCCUCGAGCGUCCCGAGCUCACCGAGUCCAUGGGCCAGUUCCUGCAAAAGACAAACAUCAUCCGUGAUAUCCACGAGGACUACCUCGACAAGCGCGCGUGGUGGCCCAAGGAGAUCUGGAGCAAGCACGUAGACAAGUGGGAGGACCUCUUCAAGCCCGAGUACCAGCGCCAAGCCCUCGAGUGCAGCUCAGAGAUGGUCCUCAACGCGCUCAAGCACGCCGAGGAUUGCAUCUUCUACAUGGCCGGCAUCCGCGAUCAGAGUGUCUUCAACUUCGUCGCCAUCCCCCAAAGCAUGGCCAUCGCCACCCUCGAACUCGUCUUCCGCAACCCCGCCAUCUUCAACAGCCACAUCAAGAUCACCAAGGGCGACGCAUGCCAGCUCAUGUCCGAGUCAACGCAAAACCUGAUGGUAGUCUGCGACGUCUUCAGGAGAUACGUCCGCCGGAUACACAAGAAGAACGACCCGCGCGACCCCAACUACGUGCAGAUCAGUGUGCAGUGCGCCAAGAUUGAGCAAUUCAUCGACUCAUUGUUCCCGAGACAGGACCCCAAGAAGCUCGGAGAUGCGGCGAAACAAAAACAGCGGGGCGAGCCGGGCAUGGACCCAGGCGAAGCCUUCAUAUUGGGCGGCAUGGUCCUGCUGACCCUCUUUUUUGUCUCUGCUCUUAUGAUUGGAACGGCGUGGUUCUUUGGUGCGCGCUUCGACACGCUCUGGAAGUCGGACAGCGUCUACUGGCCCGGCAUGGAGCCCAACGCGGCCAAGCCGUUGGAGCACAAGGAGCUGUAA